AUGAUCCCACAAAGCACCUCUUUUCGUUUCUCCUCAAAUUCCUUCGCUUUCUCACCCGCCGUCACCUCUCGCAGUCCCGCAGCUUCGUUUAACAAGUCCCCUUCCUCUGCCGCGCCGUCCUUCAUUCGCUUCCCAAAUUACCGAUCUGCCCUCCCUCCCCCGCGCUCCUCCGUGAGUAAGAGUAAAUCAGUGCAAGUUCGAGCAAUGGCUGCGGAAGAUGGUAAGGACCCUCGUCUUGCUAGAAUUUCAUCUGCUAUCAGAGUCAUACCGGACUUCCCCAAGCCAGGGAUUUUGUUCCAAGAUAUAACAACGUUGCUUCUCGAUACCAAGGCUUUCAAGGAUACCAUUGAUUUGUUUGUUGAGAGGUACAAAGACAAAGAAAUCUCUGUUGUUGCAGGUAUUGAAGCUAGAGGCUUUAUAUUUGGCCCUCCUAUUGCAUUGGCCAUUGGGGCAAAAUUUGUGCCUAUGAGAAAACCGAAUAAGUUGCCCGGAAAGGUUAUUUCUGAAGAGUACUCUUUGGAGUAUGGAACAGAUAUAAUGGAGAUGCACGUGGGAGCUGUAGAAGCGGGGAGAGCGUGCCUUGAUCAUAGAUGA